UGGGCUAUUUGCCUUUUUUUUUAUUAGGUUGUAAGAAUUCUUCCUUUAUCCUGGAUACAAGUCCCUUGUCAGAUUCAUGAUUUGGAGAUGUUUUCUCCAAUUUUUGUGUUGCCUUUUUAGUUUCUUGGUGGUAUCCUUUGAAGCACAAAAGUUUUAAAUUUUAAUGAAGUCUAAUUUGUCAAUUUUUUUUCUUGUGUUGCUUGUGCUUUUACUGUCAUACUUAAGGAACUCUUACUUAAUCCAAGAUAAUGAAGAUUUACUCCUAAUUUUUUUCUGAGUAUUAUGGUUUUAGCUCUUAUAUUUAUGUCUUUGAUACAUUCUGAGUUAAUUUUUGUAUAUGGUGUGAAGUAAGGGUACAACUUCAUUCUUUUGCAUGUGGAUAUCCAUUUCUCUCAACACCAUUUGUUGAAGAGACUAUUCUUUCCCCACUGAAUACUUUUGGCAUGCUUAUUGAAAAUCAGUUGCCAUAGAUGUAUGGGUUUAUUUCAGGACUCUCAAUUCUUUUAUUUAUUUUUUUUUUCAGGACUCUCAAUUCUAUUCCAUUGAUCUUCAUGUCUAUCAGUAUGCCAGUACCACACUGUUUUGAUUACUGUAGCUUUGCAGCCUCUGUAACUGCCGGUAGAAGCCAUGAUGAGCUCCAUGCAUUAGCCUUACCACACGAAGUUCAUUUAAUGUGAACAGACGUGAAAACAUCUGAGCGUCAGUGGGCCAGUGCAGCUCCAUCUGAGACCAACCCACUUCAAAACUCCCCACCCAAAUCUUGGGGCUGUCCCAGGAGUGGCUUAGUUCAGAGGUCAUCAAACUGAGUGGUCAAGCCAGUGUGGAGGAGGGGACCAAGGGGACCUGACACCAGCAUUGCACAGGGCUCCUCCUGAGCCUGGGCCACCUUCACGUUCACCACCAGACCCCAGAUGGCUUGGAGGCAUCAGGCCCUUGCUCUGUAGCUAUAGAGUCCACUGCCUCAAAUGGGGACCCCAGGAACAGCUGUUCCCUGCACUACAUCUACGCCUAGCAGCCCAGCGAGUACCUGAAGGCCUUGCUGGCCGUGGGGGAGAUUUGCCAGGACUAUGACAGGCCCUUACUGGGGAAACUGAAUUCUCACCUCUUGAACCAUUCUAUGAUCGAUGUUGUCCCCGAUGUUUCUCAGCUGCCUGGCCAACUUGUGGAUUAUUUCCUCCUGGUGAUGGUUCUGGCCAAUGCUAUUCUCCUUGGGCCGAGAAGGAUUUCUCCCUGAUCAAGCAGACAGUUCAGGAUACACAGUCCAAGGAUGAAUGUUCACCGUGGCACUGAGAGCGACAGGUUACUGUGGCAGGAGGCCAGCUGCCUGAUGGAUGAAGCCUCAGCUGCAGCCCAAGAAAGAGAAGCAAAUAGCCCGGCUUCUUCUGGUCUUCAAAAUCUUACUUAUCCUCUAGGUCCCAGGAAUGAUGACCUUCCACUUGACUCUGCCUCUCAGCCAGCAAAUCUUCAGUUCCCUCACAUGAUGCCACUUCCUGAAGACAUCAAAGGCUCUUGCUUCCAAAGUGGGAAUAAACGGAACCAUGAACCCUUCAUCGCUCCAGAACGAUUUGGAAACAGCACUGUGGGCUUUGGCAGUAACGUUCAUUCUCAGGCACCAGAGAAAGUGACACUUCUCGUAGAUGGCACACGUUUUGUUGUCAAUCCACAAAUUUUCACUGUUCAUCCGGAUACCAUGUUGGGAAGGAUGUUUGGACCAGGAAGAGAGUACAACUUCACACGGCCCAAUGAGAAGGGCGAGUAUGAGAUUGCCGAAGGAAUCAGUGCAACUGUAUUUCGAACGGUGCUGGAUUAUUACAAAACUGGUAUCAUCAAUUGUCCUGAUGGCAUCUCUAUCCCAGACCUUAGAGAUACGUGCGAUUAUCUCUGCAUUAACUUUGACUUCAACACUAUCCGAUGUCAAGAUCUGAGUGCUUUACUGCAUGAACUGUCUAACGACGGCGCUCACAAGCAGUUUGAUCACUACCUCGAAGAGCUGAUCCUGCCCAUCAUGGUGGGCUGUGCCAAGAAAGGGGAGCGAGAAUGCCACAUCGUCGUGCUGACGGACGAGGAUUCUGUGGACUGGGACGAAGACCACCCCCCACCCAUGGGGGAGGAGUAUUCCCAAAUUCUUUAUAGCUCUAAGCUCUAUAGAUUUUUCAAAUAUAUUGAGAAUCGGGAUGUCGCUAAAACAGUGUUAAAGGAACGGGGCCUGAAAAACAUUCGCAUUGGAAUUGAAGGUUAUCCUACCUGUAAAGAAAAAAUUAAGAGGAGACCUGGUGGCCGGUCUGAAGUGAUCUAUAAUUACGUGCAGCGCCCCUUUAUCCAGAUGUCAUGGGAAAAAGAAGAAGGAAAGAGUCGCCAUGUGGAUUUCCAGUGUGUUCGAAGCAAAUCCCUCACUAACCUGGUAGCUGCUGGAGAAGAUGUCUUGGAGGACCAAGAGAUAUUAAUGCACCACCCACCUCAAGUGGAUGAACUUGACCGGCUAAACGCCCCACUUUCUCAGAUGGCUUCUAACGACUUUCAGGAUUAGGGGCAGCUGUGGGCCCCUCUGCCGGCCUUUUCUCUGACUGGGAUGCCCAUAGCCAAUCCUCCCCAUGGUUUGUCUCACACUAAGUAGGAGACAUGCUUCUCCCCCCUCCUUUCCUUUUCUACCAUAAUUAAUGUGUGUCCUUUUCAGUAAGUCUGUGCCUCCGGCAGGAGAUUAAAAAGGACUCACUGGUAAUUAAGCUACCAGCUUUGCAGCAGCCCUGGUAACUUGAAAAUUUUGGGUCUGGUGCUGUUCACUGAGUCUUUGCAUAACUGCAAAAGCAGGAAAGGAGGUCAAGACUCCUGUUGCCUCAUAUUCAGCAAAGCAGUUCUCAUCCUUUACACUCUGUUCUUGGCUUUUGUUUAUUUGGUUUUAUACUAGGCAAAUUACUUAGCAGCAAAGGGACCAAACUUAGAAGGAGACAAUCUCUGUCUUCUACAAGCAGGCACUAAUUGGAUGCCCAUUAGAGGUUAGUGGAGAUAGCAUCCUGGUGGCCUCUGUGCCCAGGUUGCAUCUGGGAAGAAAUAGGCUCUCAUUCAAAAUGUCCAAAGGAAAUUCUUAGGAGCUUCAGUUCAGUUUUUUUUUAUUAUUAUUGCAAUGAACAAUCCAAAACCUCACAGAUUCUUUGACAGGAAGGAUAAUGUAUGACAAUGUUUAUGAAACCUUUUUAGCUUCAAGGUUUUUGACCCUAAACAAAUUGAUUAUUCAUUUGGAGUGAAAUUCACACUUUCAUUAUCCUGGCUUGGAAUCUGGUGUGAAGCCAUAGGUCUUCACCCUAGGCCAGCAUGCUGUAGGUGUGGCUAGGAGACCUCAGAAAUGGCUUAAAAGGCUUUCAAGAUGAAGGCAAUGAUUUCUCAGAAGUGCUCAGUUUCUCAGUAGAAAGACUAGUAAGAGCUCGGUGGGUAGGGCUGGGGGUGAAUCUGGGUGGGAAAACGUCACCUGCCUAGACUUUGUCUCAGUGCAGGGAUUUUCGUUGUAUAUUCUUUUCAUACUAUGGAAUAUUUUUAGGUAUCAGGAUAUUUUAAUUUUUGAAAUAGCCUAUCAGCUGCUCACACUGGGUAAAAAAACCAUACUAAUGUCAUCUCCAAAGGAAGAAUGAGUUGAAGGGAAAUUAGGCCUAGUCAUUUUGAUUGAUCUGUCAGCUCUGGGUUAACAGUACAUGGUGUGUGACAACCCAGAUCACUCCUCUGGGUACUGUAACCACCUCCCCUGAUGUCUCCAUGGCUGUUAACAGUAGAGCUAAAUUUAGAUUCUAGAGUCAGAUGUGUCUUGAGAUCUUUCCCAUUUUAUGGUAGAGGUUGGCCUUCCAAUCACCUACCCUGAGCAUAUACAAAGAGACACAUAGUUUCCUUCAAGUUCUCUAAGAACAGGACUGGUUUUCUUAAAUUCCAUUUCCACAAGAUACUAUAGGGCAAACUACUUGAUGCCAUUUUAUGACCUCCCUAGUCAGAAUUCUCCAAAGGUGAAGUCAGAUUGGGUGUUGACAGCUACUCUUUCCAGGCUUGAAGAACAAGAGUGUGUGACCAGGGCCAGUGUCACAGGGGACAUCAAUGCUGUGUUCCUUAUUCAGAAAAAUCAGUAGUAAGGGGUUAAACCGAGCCAUCCCCCAGCUACAGUUAUUCUGAUUAUCAUUGGCAUCCAUUUGUAAGGCUGAUGGCCAGGGUUAAUGUUUAGGGUUAACGUUAUUUUUGUAGCCAGGGGUAGUUUUAUUCCUGUGAAAAGAAUUGGCUGUUUGAGGUCAGGUUUGGCUUUGACCUUACUGGUACUACAUUCAUACCCACGACCAGCCAGGAUAAUUGUUUAAUGGUGCUUCCUUUACGCUUUGUGGUUGACUUCCAUGCUAUCACAAAGGAAAUUUAACUUUUGUGUAGACUAUAAUAAGUAUGUAUAAUUUCUGUUUUAUAGCUUAAUAUAACAUUUAAGGGUAGACAUGUCUCAGCUAACACUCUAAAACUUAUUAGUCAUUGCUUAGGUAAAAAGCUAGGUAUGAAAGUGUGGCAUGUACUUAACACUUUGUUCUACGUAAAUGAUUAAUUUCCUCCGGCUUUCAAAAACCAGGUCUUUUUUUCCCCCAAAAUUGGGUUAACGUGCUUUCAGCCCCAACCCUUAGGGUUCGAGUGAGCUGGAGAUCUGUGGAGGUAAAUCUGCCAGUGUUGCCAGGUGGUGGUGACGGAGGGAAAAGCUGGGCCCACAGGUUCCCUCUGGCGGAGAGGACAUUUCUUCUGUACCCCACGCCCUUCCAGCCUGGAGCGCAGCAUCACUGUAAUUAGGUGGCUCCUUUCAGCCACAGCAGCUCUGUUCCCAGGGCCAGGACAUCCCGUGGCGACAGGACCUCGCAGUUCUCGCAGGAACAAGAGCUGGGUUGCAGUCAUUCCCUUCAGAGUCAGUUACUGGCCAGCUGGGCAACAGGUAUUUCUAAUUAAAAAGGUGAAACUCAGGUUUGGUGGUUUUUUCCUAAGUGCCUAAAUAAGUAAGCCAGGCUGUUUAUACAGAAACAUUUUCGUAAGAAAAUGUUUUUACCCAGACUGUCUUAUUCAGAGGUAUCUAUCUCAGCAGGCCAAGAUAAACCUGAAUUUGAGGUUUAGGAUCUGAGUUUGUGUCUGCAUCAAAUCAUGUAUUGUUGAUUAGGAAACAUUUGCCAUUAAGGAAUUGGGAGCAGGCAAGGAGACAGUGUUAAAAUGUGUCUGAUGAGAUUACUUAAUGGUUUCUCCAAAGUGGAGAAAAGGUAUUAAAAGAAUGACAGUAAAAAAAAGGUAAGGAAGCUAGAAAGUAGCUGGAUUUAUUGCAUGAUAUGCAGUAGCCAGUAUUAAUAACUAAAUUCUGUGUGAUACCUAAGGUAUACAGGUCUAUGAAAAUACUGUGGCAUAAGCCCAGAAAGGAUGGAUAGUGUUCCAGCAGGUCCUUCUGUUAAGUAAAAACAAUCAGAGCAGAGGCUUUAAUGUCAAAGAGUGAUGGGAGCCUUUAUCGAGUAAUAGUCAAUAGAAAGUUAAGAAUCAGUGAUUUAUUCAAUGCCACUUCUUGCCAUCAUUUUGAAAUGGUUAAACUGGGCAUAGUUCAGAAAGCAAACCUGAUACCUUUAUGGGAGAUGGAGCCACAUCCGUGCUCUGGGUGGGAUCACCUCUGCAAGAGAACAUUACAUUUUCUCUCAAAGGCAAAAUGCUUGUAGGUUUUGCCUCUUUACUUUGUAUUUAAAGUUGCACUUGUUCACCUACCAGUGUUUACGAAAUCCUAUAUUUGGGAUGCUUUUUCUAUAAUAAAAUGUUAUCAUUUGUG